AGCGCAGCGGUAGAACCACCGGACUACCUAGACGAGCGAGAGCGCAAGAUAUUUGAUACUGUCAAGCAAGAGCUCAAGCCCACGAAGCUCGAGGUGCAAGACAUUUCCGGCGGUUGUGGUUCGAUGUACGCUUUAGACAUUGUGUCUGAGAGCUUCAAGGGCCUGCCUGUUAUCAAGCAGCACCGGCUGGUCAACAAAAUCCUUGGCGAGGAGAUCAAGAACUGGCAUGGAGUCCAGUUAAAGACCAAGGCG